GCGUUCUGCAUGGGACAUAUUAUAAUACUACAUCUGAGGUGUUUUGCCCCGGUAGAUCGAAAAGCUUGCGAUUUAUUUUAUUGAUUUAAAGCGGUUUUUGUGUAACAGUUAUUACAAAACAAAAUAAUAGUAGUGCAUUACCAUUUAAAUAGUGUAUCCAACUGCGUUAAACAUUUGUUGUUUGUGAUAAACUUAACUACAAUAUUGACGCUGUUCCUUAGUGGGGGUUAUACAUGAAUACCCUAAUAUAUCUACCCGAAUUUAGCAGUCAAAACAGCUCCAAUUCGGUAAAGUUCAACAUCUACGUGAUGAGAACUAUACAUGUUAUAUGCCGAAGAAAUGGAAUUAUACUCACAUACACCAAUAGCAUCGGCUGCGCUCACCAACCAUUUUUCACUGAUUGUGGAAACUGGUGUAAGUACGUAGUUCCAGCCUGUCUUUCGUGAAGUCCAUUGGUGUAUAUAGUGAGUGAGUGAGGGCUGCUGUAUUUUGCGUCCGCAUACAGCGGCAAGUGGCAAACGCGGCUACGAUUCCUCCACGUAUGGACGCUUAUCGGACAAAGUGCGUACGCGAAGAAGCUUGGUCACUCUAGCUAGCAUGUUGUCAUCCAGUCGCCGUAAAUAGACUUCAAAUCGCGCAAAUAUUUUCACUACUGCUGCUCUAGCAUUCUUCGCCUAUCGUGACUACUAAAGCAUGAGUUCUUCCAAUUGUAAGUGUUCCUGCACGGCCGGCCUGGUGGGCUUGAGUCUGGCGGGUUUCCUGCUGUCGCUGUACACCUCUUACGUGGAGAUCCGAGUCGAACGGGAUCACGGCUAUCAGGCAAUGUGUGACAUCAGCGAACGGGUCAGCUGCACCAAGGUGUUUACGUCCGCAUAUGGUCGUGGCUUCGGACUCGUGGGACCCCUACUAGGCGAACAGUCACCGCUGAAUUUACCCAACGGAUUCUACGGCAUUUUCUACUAUUUCCUAGUAGCAGGCCUAUCCUUCAGCAACAGCGUCCUUGUUACCCGUUUCGUGACCUAUCUGAUCGGCCUGUCAAAUCUACUAUCGCUUUACUUGGCCUACCUGCUCUACUUUGUGUUGGAAGAUCUCUGCGUGGUUUGCGUGACAACCUACGCUGUCAAUUUGAUCAGCCUGAUAGUCGCCAUGCAGAAAGUGCAGAUAGUGGUUCGCGAAGAGCAAGUCAUGCGAGUCAUUCAGAAGAAUCGCUGAACGCUUAAUUUAAUGUUGAAAGUUCACUUGGAGAUCGUUCGGAUAUCGUUCAAUUUAAACUUUGAUUUUUUAUAGUUGUUGUGCUUUUUUCCUGUCAAAGAAAUUAUUGUUAAAAGCUUAUUCUAUGAACAUGGCUAAUAUGAAUGUAUUCUAAGAUGGUGCAAAGCAGUUGCCAGUUUCUGUAAAGCCGUUGAAGAGCUGUGUUACCCGUAAUCGAAGGCCAAAAAGUUUAUCGUACUAUAUUGCUUAAAAGAAUGUCUUGCUAAGGAAAGUUACAAAGUAGUUGUUAUUUCAUACACAAAAUACUUACCUACAUAACGUUUUCUUGGUUAGUCGUUCUUUUCAUCAACAUGUAAUUUGUUUCUUGCCAAAACUAUAAAAUGUUGUGAUAUUGUAAUAAAAUUGAUAACUUCCAUUA